AUGGCUUUAGCUGAAUCUUUAGAUAUUCUGGAAAAAGUUCAAGUUCAGUUACAAAAAGCUCAAGGUAAUGAUGAACAAAAAGUAUAUAAGAAAUUUGAAACGGUUUUAAACAAAAACAACGGAUUAAAAAUACUAAAACAGAUAUCAAAAAUAAUAAGUAGAGAAAAUGACAACAUGGAUAGUCCAUGGAUAGUCUACCUGAAGAUCUUACCGCAAAUGAUUUAUAACACGGGUAAAAAAUAAAAUAACCUUUUUAUUGAUUCUACUUUUUUUAAUAGUAAAUCAAGGAGAUUAAAGUUUUAUGAAGGUAUACACAUGAAAGUAUAAACAGAAAGACAGCAAUACACUCAAGUGUGCAAAAAGUUUAUUUUUUUUUUUAAUUUUAUUUUCUUAUGUAACUAAUUUUAAUUUUUAAAUUUUGUAUGUAACAUUUAUUUUUUAUUCAAUAUAUUCAAUACAUUUUUACUGCAUAUUAUACCGCAUAUUAUGAUGUUUUUUAACGCAUAUGUAUGCAAAUAUUUGAGUACAUUUUGGCGCAUUAAGUCCGGAGCCUUGAUAAUAAUAUGCCAUAUUCUACGAGCUGAGAACCGAGACUAUCCAUAACCCUGACCACGGUCAUUCGUGAAUCGUCGAAAUACCGUCGUGACCGUAUGUGAAUUAUAACAUCCGACCCGACCGCGUGCCAAAAAGUCACCUUCGCUACCCUUCGGCAUACCACCUAUAACAACCAUCUAAACCGCGGUGUAUAAGCUGACAACGAAUCGCGAAGUUAGUCAUCCAUUCAUUUUUUUUUUUACAAAACACAAUAAAUAAAUAAAAAAAUGUAUAUAUAACCUGAUUUUAAUUUUGCCGAGUACCUAUAUUUUAGAUUGUCACCAUAGUAUAGAUUUCGAUACUGGGUUAGAGAUAUUCCAAUAUGACCAAAACAGCGUUUAACAUUAGUUCAGUAAUAGAAUAGUUGCGUAUUUAUAUGGAUGUUUAUGAAAACAAUUUUAAACAAAUUUUAAAUGGACAUACACCAUAAACAUUAAACUGGAGAUCAUUAUAUUUUGUAUAAUAGGUAAAUCGUGGAAGGAGUGGUGAUAAGUAGUAUCAUCAUCAAUGAUUACCAUCAAUAAUGUCCAAUUGUAAUUAGUAAACAGCGCUGUGGCUUUUUUUGGGGGGGAGGGAAGUUCAAAAGAAAUUCUUCGAAUAAGUAGACGAGACUUCUGAAUAGGAAAUGUGUGAGAAUAGUCAGAGACGUAUCCAGAAAUUUAGCGCCCAGGUGCUAAUUUUUUUCCACCCAUCCCCCACACUCUAAACAUUUUAUAAUGUCUAAUUCGAUGUUUAAUAUGGCGAUACUGUUUAGUCGUCCAUCAGUCAUCUUCGACCGCAAAUAACUUUUAAUUCAUUUAAGUGCACUAAACGAUCGCUCUGAAGGGUAGUUUGACACGGAAUAACAUAGAUUCAUUCUUAGAGCAAUAUUUACGUACGGGUGCAUGUCUUAAAAUCCUUCAAAUCUUGUGUAUAGCUGUGAUAUCAGGUGUUACAAUCUUAGAAUAUUAACCAAUUUAUAUUAUUUUUCAUUUUCAUCAACAAAAGAUGAGUUUUGUAAACAUCUGAUGCCACCCCUAUAAAAAUGCCACCCGGGGUAAUCGCAUUCUCUAGCCCCCCCCCCCAAAUACGUCACUGAGAAUAAUUCUCUUGGUAAUUAUGGGUUAUUAGGGUGACUAAAAAAAAUGUUGGAUUAUUUUACUUUUGCACCAUUCAAAUAAUAAAUCUAAUACAUGGUUAUAAUCCAAUAAUCCAUAUUGAACUACAAAAAUACAAAAAUAACCGCGAGUCUUUACUACAUUCGUAUAGGUAUCGUAUCUAUAUUUAUUUUUUUAGCUUUUAAUAAAUCUAUGGCAACUCAACGAUUAUAAUAUAUUUAAUGGGAUUAACUAAAAAUAUAAUAAUUAAAUAAACAGAAAACUAAAAUUUUGAAACAAAAAAUUACCUUAAACUAAAUAGAAAAACCAGACCCCAAGAUGAAAGAAAUAAUUAUAUAGAUAACUUCCUUGGAAUUAGUAUUGAGAAGGGAAAAGAAAUUGAGGGGGGUAUCAAAAAAUGUAAGGGAAUUGAGUAGCACGUAGUAAGUGAAGAGAAGAGUAGUUAAAGAGAAUAUCGGUGGUUUCAGUGAGUUAAAAGGUACAGAGUGAAGAAUCGUUUAGAUCUAGUUUGUAGACAUGAGAGGGUAGCAAAAUGUAACCGAUACGAAGACAGUUAAAACGGACGAUAGCAGAUCUAGAUGGAACCAAGGUUUAUUUAAGAUUUCGAACAAUAUUUUUGUAACUAAAGGUGAAAUCGACAGAAAGGUUGAUCCAGUAAGAGGUCCAGAGUUUAGUUGUGUGACGUCGUAUGAUAAAAAUAAAAUUGGAAUGAGGAAGUUAAGUAAGUGAGAAAUAGAUUAAAUUGGGCGAAGAUUUGACAAGAGUCGGCUAUUUCAUUGCCGUGUAUACCCAUGUGACUAGGAGCCCAAAAAAAAUUAAUAUUGUAAUUUGAAUGAUAGUGUCUGAAGAUUAUUAGUUUAAUGCGAUAACCAGAUAAGAUAGAUGGGAGUUGAAAAGAUUAGAGUUGAAGGAAAGCAGAACAGAUAUAGAAUCUGAGGCUAUUUAAUAAUUAUUAGGAGUGAGAUUUGAAAUAAGUAUCAGCGCCUCGUUGAUAGCGUAACAUUCGGUUGAGAAGAAGGAAGGUGAUGGGGGUAGAUUAUUGGAAAACGAGAUUUCAAAUUCAAGAAUGUAAAACAAAUAGUCAGAAAAAAGCUGUGAGACAGAACCAUCGGUAUAAACCACAAGGAUGAAUUCUUCAAAAUUUAAAUUCAUAAAGUCUGAAAAGAUUUUGUUGAUCAUAGGGUCAGACAAAGGUUUAAGAUCGACAAAAGAUAAAGAUAAACAAUUUUUAACUGUUUAG